GCUCUCUCACUGUAUCUUUCCCGCACUCACAGGUCGUAAUAAAGUUUUUCCGUGUGUGUUUGGAGCUGAAGAUGGCGGCCAGCUCGGAGCACAGUCCUCCGCCCUUCCCGGACUCAGAGGAGCCCGAGCUGCUGGAGGACAGCGACGACGGCGCGGACGCUUUUACGGGCACGUCAAUAUCUGAGAUGGAUUCUCAAUCGCCCGAUGACACAUCUGGAAAUCCUAAAGACAUCUUCAGCGAACCACCAGAAGACAUCUUCAGCGAUCCACUAACCGACACUAAUUCCGAACCCCAGAAAGGUGUAGACACCAAAAUAUCUUCACCUGGUAGCGAUGAGGCCAUCGACCUAUUCAGUGACCCAUUGGAUGAUGUCAUCACUCCUGCUGACGUCCAAAAUCCAGUUCCAGAUCUCAUAAACGUGUCUUUGAGUAACAGCGAACCGCCAAAGCCUAAACCACAGAGUGACGUCAUCGCCAAAUCCGCCGACAAAAACGAUGUCGCGGAUCAUCAAAAGGAUAUUUUCGAAGACCCUCCGAAAGAUGCCGGCAAAGGCGCUUCCUCCAAGAAAGCAGCGAGCUCGGACCUUUUUGACGAUGAUGACGAAGAUUUGUUCGAAGAACCGUUCAAGGCCGUAUCGAAGAAGCCCAGUGGGCCACCUGUUGAUGUUUUCACUGAGGUCAAAUCGGAAGGGAAGGUUAAGCCGCAGGGUAAACAAGCCUCCGCUGAUCUGUUUAAGGAGGAAGCCGUAACAUCCGCAGGUGCCAGCUCCAGGACCAAUGGUGUUCACUCAGAAGAGCAGGAUCUCUUCACAGAAGCUACAGUGGAGUUGUCUUUGGAUAGUCCCCGUAAUGACCGCAAGUUGAAAGAUGUUGUGAAACCGCCGCUCGCCACUGCUGCUGCCCCGGUGAUGAGCAACUCCAGCAAAACGCCAGCAUCCAAAACCCUGGAAGAGUUAGAGGAAGAGGAGAGCGAAGACAAGUUUGAUCUGAACAUCUCCAUCACAAAUCCAGAAAAAGUCGGUGAUGGUAUGAAUGCGUAUAUGGCCUACAAAGUUUCAACACAGACGACGUUACCCAUGUUCCGCAGCAAGACGUUUACAGUACGCAGACGUUUCAGCGAUUUUCUGGGAUUGUACGAGAAGCUCUCGGAGAAACACGCGCAGAACGGAUACAUCGUACCUCCGCCGCCAGAGAAAAGCAUUCUGGGUAUGACAAAAGUGAAAGUGGGUAAGGAGGAUCCCUCUUCAGCCGAAUUUGUGGAGCGGAGGAGAGCUGCUCUUGAGAGAUAUCUUCAGAGGGUUGUGAAUCAUCCAUCUCUCAUUCAGGAUCCUGAUGUGAGAGAGUUUUUGGAGAAAGAGGAGUUACCCCGUGCAGUCGGCACACAGGCCUUAAGUGGAGCCGGUUUCCUCAAAAUGAUCAACAAAGCCACGGACGCCGUUAGCAAGAUGACCAUCAAGAUGAACGAACAGGACGUGUGGUUCGAUGAGAAGAUCCAGGAUGUAGAAAAUGAAGAACAGCAAAUGCGGAAACUUCACCUGUUGGUUGAAUCGCUUGUCAAUCACAGGAAAGAGUUGUCCGGGAACACGGCCGUGUUCGCGAAGAGCGUGGCGAUGUUGGGAAGUUCGGAGGAUAACACGGCUCUGUCUCGAGCUCUGUCUCAGCUGGCAGAGGUUGAAGAUCGGAUCGAGCAGCUCCAUCAGGAGCUGGCGGCCAAUGACUUCUUCACCUUCUCUGAGCUCCUGGCCGAUUAUAUACGACUUCUGGGAGCUGUCAGGGGGUGUUUUGACCAGAGAAUGAAAUCGUGGCAGCGCUGGCAGGAUGCUCAAAAUGCGCUUCAGAAAAAGAGAGAGGCGGAAGCCAAAUUACUUUGGGCCAACAAACCUGACAAACUCCAGCAGGCCAAGGAUGAGAUCGCAGAGUGGGAGGCCAAGGUCACGCAGUACGAGAGAGACUUUGAAAGAAUUUCGGCCACCAUUCAGAAGGAAGUCAUACGUUUUGAUAAAGAGAAAGCUCGGGAUUUUAAGAGACAAAUCGUCAAAUAUCUGGAGUCUUUGCUGCUCUCACAACAACAGUUGAUAAAAUACUGGGAGGCUUUUCUUCCUGAAGCGAAAGCAAUCGCGUGAGGCGGUUUCCACACAAACACACACGGAUGACUGAGGCCUUCUCUCUAUUCUUUACCUCUCGCCUAUAAACAAAGAAAAAUCACAAAGCAAAGGGAAAUGAUGUGUCGUGCCGCUCUACUUUAAUUCUGAUUAAUCACUAUAUUCAGUGUAAUUCUCACUUUUAUUUUCUUAUGAUGAAUCUUUAUUGGCUGGGUUUGGGGGUUUGUCUUCCUCUUUAUGUACCAAAAUCUUUUUUUAUUCCAAUUUUCUUUGAGAGGAGCUUUCAAUGUUACUUUUUCAACACGUUGGUGCACUUUGAAUUCUCAUCAGCAGCAAUGUCACUGUUUUACACUAGAGGGCGCCCUGCCUACAUUCAUAUGCGUGAUGAAAGCGAUUUCCCAUCAUCCUUGACGCAUACAUACUUGUGUGGACCUGUCAUAAACAGUUGUUUUAAGGAGGCCUUAUUUAAGGAGGAGUUUAAUAGACAAAUGGUGUCCUAGUUUAUUUUCAAAGUCCUUAGUAUCUGAAUUUUGAAAAAAUGCAAAUAGAUUUAUACAAGGGUCGGUUUAAAAAUAUAAAAAAAACUUGCUACACCUAAAGAUGAAAGGAAUGGAUCGGUUUAGUUAAAAAAAAUAAGUCACAUGUUUAUGGUUGUGUCAUAAAUAAUUUGUGAUGAUUUCCAUCAAAAAAUAAAUGUUUUUGUUUCUGUUAUUCAUUUAAUGCAAAGCGUCUCAUAUCAAUACCACAUCACACUAUUCAAAGCACUUCAGUCUUAAACUUGGUUUAUUUUUGGUCUGUUAUCUGAAACAAAGCUCCUCGUUAAAUUUUCUAUGUGCUUUUUUUCUCUUUAAAGCUCUUUAUUUUUCAUUUGUAGAAAUUUAUACCAACAUUUGUUAUUGAUUUGUGUCAAAGCAUUUUUGUGUUAUUCGCUCAGCAUGUUACAAUUAAUAAACCAUUACUAUGCUACUAAUAAUAUGAUAAAUGCUAAAAACAUUUUCUACACCACGCUUUGUUUGUUUGUUUGUUUUUUUUUACAGAUUUUGUUUCUGUAAUUUCAAAGUUAGAGUUUUUAAAGCUGUUCGAUUCAUUUUUACUUUUUAGCAUUUAUACAGAAAUGUUUGUUCAGAUUUUUGCAUCAUGAAUGAUAUUUUGGGCCCUGUUGUAAUGACACUUCAAACAUACAUUAAUAGGUUGGACCUGAGUUUUUUUUUUACCAGGGUUCACCUUUAGGUGCCAUAAUAAAAGUUUCUUUAUUAGAAAUAAGGGGCAGGUAUUUUUCCACCGCGGAUGCUUCUUUUAAAGAAAACAAUAAAGAUUUAAUUACAAAUGUAAAA